CGUCGUCUGAGCUGCACCGUCCUCUGGCCAUCACCAGGCACCCAGCAUCCACCCGAUCCCGCCCCGCAUCCGUCUCGAAUCCGCCCGGAAAUGACCUCUGCGCAAGACCUCGAGAUCCGGCAAAACUCGCCCACCGACGGCAUCUCGUCGCUCAUCUUCUCGCCAACAGACCCGAACCUGCUUCUGGUCGCCUCCUGGGACAAGCUCGUCCGUCUAUACGAUGCCAGCACCGGCGACAUGCUGACGCACUACUCGCACCGCGGGCCCGUGCUCGAUGUGGCGUUCUCGCAAGGCUCGGAUGUCUUCAGUGGCGGACUUGACCGGGUGUUGAAAAUGAAGGACAUCCAGAGUCCGACCGAAAAGGUGCUCGGCUCGCACGAAGACGCCAUUCGGUGCGUUCACUUUAGCAAGGCGACAGGCAACGUCAUCACCGGCAGCUGGGACAAGUCCGUUGCUCUGUGGGACCCCCGGUCAGAAACGGCAAAGAUCGCAUCCUACGACCAGUCCCAGACGGUCUAUUCACUCGAUAGCUGCGAGCACAAUCUCGUGGUGGCCCUUGCCAACCGCAUUGUGCACAUCUAUGAUCUGCGGAACAUGAGCGAGCCUGCCCAGGUCCGGGAAAGCUCCCUGAAGUACAUGACUCGUGUGGUUCGGUGCUCGCCCGACGGCAAAGGCUACGCCAUCAGCUCGAUCGAGGGACGAGUGGGGCUUGAGUUCUUUGACCCCUCACCCGAAGUGCAGGCAAAGAAGUACGCCUUCAAGUGCCAUCGCAAAGUGGAGAACGGAGUCGAAUACGUAUACCCCGUCCAUGCUCUCGCCUACCAUCCUGUGUACGGGACAUUUGCCUCGGGCGGCGGCGAUCAUGUCGUCAAUAUCUGGGAUGGCGCAAACAGGAAGCGACUCCGCCAGUACGCCUCGCCCUACGAGACCAGCAUUGCAGCGCUGUCAUUCAACUCGACGGGCACGAUGCUUGCCGUUGCUGCGAGCUACACCUUUGAAGAGGGCGAGAAAGACCAUCCUCCGGACAAGAUCUUCAUUCGCACCCUCCUCGAAGGCGAGGCCCGCCCCAAGAACUUUCAGUAGUAGCAAAUCUCGUAGAUUAUAUUCAGAUAACAUGAGAACACUGCCCCAUUUGCAUCGAGCAUGUAGUUUUGAUAGCCUGCGUCCAUUGCAAUCCAUUCUCCGCACUCGCCUUGCGCGGUGAUUGUGUUGCUCUUGGACACGCUGGAGACGGAUGCAGCCUUUCCCAGAGAUUCAUGGCCAGUGCGCGAUAGUUUGAGGCAACAUUUGUUCGCUCUGUCUUGCUUGGUGCGGAUGCCGUCAUCCUGUCGUUGGCGAUAGAGUUUGCAUCAUCCUGUCUCGGCGGCGGGUGGCUUGCUCCAGCGCCGUCCCCCAUCCCUUGAGCCCAGAGUUCUUCCGCCUGGUCGGCUCAUGCCAAAACACGC